AUGCUUAGCUCAUACUUUCGGAAUGGUAAAUAUAUCAAUAAAGUCACCUAUAAAAAUAUAAAUCGACCUAACAACUUGCAAAUUUCAGUUAGAUAUAUUUCCAUUUUAGCAUCAUGUAAAAUCUAUUUGCCUUUAUCUACCGAUCUUAUAUUUUUUAAUGACAAAAAAUUCUUCGGAGUAAAAAGAGUUGUUCAAAAAAGAAAAUACAUGUUAAAACUAAUACAACCACACCAAGAAAAAUUUGAUGUAGACAAAUACAAGAAAUAUUUAGAAAAAGAAUUUUUAUGUGAAAAGAUCGAUGUAAAUAAUAUAAAUAUUGACAAUGAAAAAGAAGUUGAAUUAUACGAAAAUUAUUUAUUAAAUUAUAAAUAUAAUAAAAGAGAAGUUGAAAAACAUGCUCCUCUUCCCUUAUCCUUAUUAUCUUCUUCCUUCAUAAGAAGAACUAUUUAUUCGAAUAGAGAACAUGUCCUGAAAAAUUUAAAAAACGUUAACUGGAAAAAGUAUUGUUGCAAUGUCAAAGGUGUAAGAUGGCAUGCUAGUGGAGCAUGGCGAGUCUAUUUUUGUAAAAGAAAUUAUCAACAUAAUUUUUUUGUUAAGUGUGACUGUUAUUUUAGAGUAAGCAUUUACGGUUUUGAAAAAAGCAAGGAACUAGCUGUUCUCUACAGAAAAAGGCUGGAGUAUGAAUAUAUAUUACUCAUGAAAAGGUGGAAAGAAAUUGAAAUGGAAAAUGCUAAAAAAAGAAAAAUGAUAAAAAUGUCAAAACAAGAUAAGCAAAAUUUUGAAGAUACAGAACAAAAUGAUGAUAAAGAUUACAUUAAUGAAAAUUCAAAACAGCACAAUAUAAAUUAUUAA